UAUGGGAAGGAGUCCUUGCUGUUCUAAGGAAGGUUUGAACAAAGGAGCAUGGACUGCUAUGGAAGACAAAAUUCUCACAGACUACAUUAAGAUUCAUGGUGAAGGAAAAUGGAGACACUUACCCAAAAGAGCUGGGCUUAAGAGAUGCGGAAAAAGUUGCAGGCUGAGAUGGUUGAAUUAUCUAAGACCUGGCAUUAAAAGAGGAAAUAUUACUCACGAUGAAGAAGAGCUUAUAAUCCGCCUUCACAACCUUCUCGGAAACAGGUGGUCCUUGAUUGCUGGGAGGCUUCCAGGACGAACAGACAAUGAAAUCAAGAACUAUUGGAAUACCAACAUUGGAAGAAAGCUUCAAAAUGGUACCCAAAAUUGUUCAUCAUCAAACUUGCUCCAACUGGAUCCGAACCCGAAUCCAAAAACCCGAGAAUGGCCAUGCCCUAAUAAUUACCUACAAAAUAAUAUUGGUUCUUGUUUGGUCCAGACUAAAGCCACAAGAUGGCCUAAUAAUAAUAAGGUCAUACUCACCAAAGAAAUUAUCACAAAACAAAAUAAUGAAGGCAUGGUUCAUAAUCAUCACAUUAAUAAUAAUGUUAAUGCCACGGAUUACAAGAUGAAGGGUUCAUCGUCUUCGUCUCCGGUGUCUCCAGUGUCACCAUCUUCCGAAAGUAACACCAAUAUCAACGACGACAACAACAAUAACAACAACAAAAACAUCGAAGAAGCGUUGGAUUUCAUGGCGGAUUUUCAAACUGAGGGAAAUAAUCUUUAUUCGGAGCUUCUCAAGAUGGACUUUGCAGAAGCAUCAUCAUGUUUGGAAAAUAACAUGUUGGAAUUAGGAAGUGGUUUCGGCUGA